CCCCUCCGUGUGUCAGCAUCAUGGAUGAAGGUGUAGAAAAGGCAUCCAGGUAUGAUUCAAACAGCAGGAAGCUGCUGGAACCUGCCGUCCAGGGACUCUGCAGCUCGAUUUAACGCCUAACUAGAUGACAAAAGAGAAAAGAGGAGGUGGAGAACAGCCGUGAACCUGAAGAUGAGGCGUCUGUCGAGAAAGAAAGCCCUUAGCCUGGUGAAGGAGCUGGACGCCUUCCCCAAAGUGUCAGAGAGCUACAUGGAGACAUCGGCAUCAGGAGGAACAGUGUCGCUUUUAGCUUUUAGUGCCAUGGCACUUCUGGCUGUCUUAGAGUUCUUUGUUUAUCGAGAGACUUGGAUGAAGUAUGAAUAUUCAGUUGACAAGGACUUUUCCAGUAAAUUGAGAAUAAACAUUGACAUAACAGUCGCCAUGAAAUGCCAGCAUGUGGGAGCAGAUAUUCUGGACCUCGCUGAAACCAUGAUCACAUCUAAUGGCCUGCAGUACGAGCCUGUUAUUUUUGAGCUGACUCCACAGCAAAGACUGUGGCAAAGGACGCUGCUUCUCAUACAGAGCAGGCUGAGAGAGGAGCAUGCUCUGCAGGAAGUCCUUUACAAAACUCUCCUGAAAGGAGCUCCCACUGCUCUGCCACCACGGGAGGAUGCCUCCACGGAGCCCCUCAGUGCCUGCAGGAUACAUGGACAUGUCUAUGUCAAUAAGGUGGCAGGAAACCUGCAUAUCACUGUUGGAAAGCCUAUUCACCAUCCUCAAGGCCAUGCACACAUUGCAGCUUUUGUGAGCCAUGAGACGUACAAUUUCUCCCAUCGAAUAGACCAUUUAUCUUUUGGGGAGGAGAUACCAGGCAUCAUCAAUCCUCUGGACGGCACAGAGAAAAUCACCUAUAACAAUAACCAGAUGUUUCAGUACUUCAUUACAGUGGUGCCCACGAGACUGAACACACACAAGAUAUCCGCAGACACACACCAGUUCUCUGUGACCGAGCGAGAACGGGUGAUAAACCACGCCGCGGGCAGCCACGGUGUUUCUGGCAUCUUUGUCAAGUACGACACCAGCUCUCUGAUGGUGACGGUCAGCGAGCAACAUAUGCCCCUUUGGCAGUUCCUGGUGCGACUGUGUGGCAUAAUUGGUGGCAUAUUCUCCACGACAGGGAUGCUUCAUGGACUUGUUGGCUUCUGUUUUGACAUCAUCUGCUGCCGCUUCAAACUUGGAGUCUACAGGCCCAGAGAGGAUGUGCAGCUGCGUGACCAGAUGAAUAAUCUGAACAACCACCACACUCCUCUGCUGCCUGACAACGCCCCUCAGGAGUAGCUGCUUUUCUGUGAAAAGGCUGCCAUUUCCCCCCUCCUGCAUGGGUGAUCCGACACAUAAUGAUCACAGUUUAUAAAGAUUUAGUGUUACCACACUGUAUGUAUAUCACAAGAAGCUUUUCUUCCAAAUGAAAAAUCCAUUCUGUUCACUAAAAUUGUAGAGCUGAGACAGACUGUUGCACUGUAGGAAAAUGUGCGCCCUGCGACUGGUCAUUAAUAACUGUGAUGGUGUUUGGUGGCUUUUUGUUCCAGAUAUUGUUGAUUGUAACCUAACCUGAGUAACAACCAGUGGUCAUUUGUUUUUUUUUUUUAAUCAGGACAUAAAUAAAAAUCUUCUGGUCUUUAA